ACACACCCCUCCCCUGCUUGAAGCGCCGCGGGUGAAGCCGAAGCGGGAGGGGGGGGGAGAGAAAUGAGAAGGGCUGGCGUUGCCAUAGCGGCGGCGAAGAGGGCGGUGGGGAAAAGGCAGCGGCGGAGGGAAGGGGACCCGGAAGAGCAAAGGAUUGUGGGUAACCCAUAAAAUAAGCUUGGGCUGAUUUGCAUGGGCUGGGCUGGGGGGAGAGUUGGGGUUAUUCAGAAGCAGAGAAGUGUGACUAAUUCGUCCCCCAACCCCCAAGUUAUGGGUUAGGAGAGUCUGGGUAAUUUACCAUUGUCUCACUUCCCUUCCUCCCGCAGUGGAUUCUGGGUGGUUGGCUCCUGUGACGUAAAGGGUUAUGGGUAACCGCCAGGCCCUUGGGGCUUUGACCCCCUCCCACUUUUUCCAAGCCUGUCUUGGGGGUGCACUUUAAACUUUGGACCUCUGCUAUGGUUCUCUGGUUGGAAGCGAGGAUGGGGGCAGCUCCGGCUUUCGCCUUCCCUUGCACUGCAGGCUGCAAGCGCUGCUUCUGUGUAACCACAGAGGAGUUGCAUCAUUGCACCUCGCUGCCUUUCUGUUUCAACAAAAACAACAGCGCUGCCGGAAACGAAACGUGGUAGCGAGGCCACUGUCGCAACUCUUGCUAGAUUUGGGUACAACCCAUGUGUGUGGGCUGACCUUCCAGCUGAAGUUUUAGUGUACAUCAAGGAGGAGGAGGAUGAUUAAUAAUAAUAAAAAAUAAUAAUAAUAAUAAUAAUAUAUUAUUUAUUCCCCAGCCACUCUGGGUGGCUUCCAACACUAAAAUGCAAUAACCUAUUAAACAUUAAAAGCUUCCCUAAACAGGGCUGCCUUUAGAUGUCUUCUAAAGGUUUGGUAGUUAUUUAUUUAUACCCCGUCCAUCUGGCUGGGUUUACCAUGGGGUAACCUGUGGGUAGGGUUGCCAAGUUAUUCACAUGAACCUGCUGCCAUGCCUUUUAACUUGCAGCCUGAAAUCGUCAUUUCCAGAAUUAUUUAUCCAUUCAUUUCUCCCCAGGUUAGGAAUUAGCACCUAGCCAGUUUAAUUAGGGCAAGCCAAGCUUCUGCUUGAAGGUUCAGGAGCAAGGUUUAUUAAAAAAGAAGUUGGCCGCCAAACUAGGGGUGUCAGCAGUGUGCCAGUAGCACAUUUCUUCCUAUCUGACUGGAGUUUUUGUCGACAAAGAAACAGGUGCCACUAGUCCAAUUUCUCUUUGCCUUGUGGCAGUUUAGGGUAGAUUUCUGAUUGUUGAAUUUUGCCUUCUCCCUGACCUAAAACUGGAUACAUACUCCUGUGUUAUACAUGCACAGUCUUAUCUUUGUAGUAUGAAAAUGUAACCAUUGUCAAUCUUCAGAGAAGUUCACCCAGUAUGUUUGUGUGAGUUACUGUUCAGAACAUGCUUUCUGAGGUAAAUUCAGAGUGGUCACUCAUGGAGAGAUGCAGUGGGCAGCCUCUGAGGACUAGUAAUUCUCCCACAUUUCUGCACUGAGAGUGAUUGAACAAUUUAAUUGCGCUCACUACAGAGAUACAGAAGAUUACCCACCUCCUGUGAAGGCUGCUUGGAAGGAGGCAGGACCAGAAUAGUGUCAUGCAGAGGUGCAGUAGGCAGCCUCCUCUGGAGCCCUGUUUAGAAAAGUUUUUAAUGACUGAUGUUUUAAUGUAUUUUUAAUCUUCUGUUGGAAGCCACCCAGAGUGGCUGGGGAAACCCAGCCAGAUGGGUGGGGUAGAAAUAAUAAAUAGUUAUUCUUACAGUCAUACCUCGGGUUGAAGUAGCUUCGGGAUGAAUAUUUUCGGUUGCGCUCCACGGCGACCCGGAAGUAACAGAGCGCAUUACUUCCGGGUUUCGCCGCAUGCGCAGAUGCUCAAAAUGACGUCACGCGCAUGCGCGGAAGCGGCAAAACGUGACCCGCGUACGCGCAGUCACGUGUUACGUUUGCUUCAGGAUGCGAACGGGGCUCCGGAACCACUCUAUUAUUAUUCUUAUUUAUUUUAUAUUUUGGUUCCCAGUUGAUGCAAUAAAUUAAUAUAUUUUUCACAGCACAGCACGUUUCGGGCAGCAGUUACAGCAACUAGUUUAGGAAUUGCUGUAUUGGAGCAAUUUUUAUGGAGGAAUAUGUGGCGCUUGGUCUAAACCACUGAGCCUAGGGCUUGCCGAUCGGAAGGUCAGUGGUUCAAAUCCCUGCGAUGGGGUGAGCUCCCGUUGUUUGGUCCCAGCUCCUGCCCACCUAGCAGCUCAAAAGCAUGUCAAAGUGCAAGUAGAUAAAUAGGUGCCGCUCCGGCGGGAAGGUAAACGGCGUUUCCAUGUGCUGCUCUGGUUUCACCAGAAGUGGCUUAUUCAUGCUGGCCACAUGACCUGGAAAAACUGUCUGCGGACAAACGUCGGCUCCCUUGGCCAGUAAAGCAAAAUGAGUGCCGCAACCCCAGAGUCGUUCACAACUGGACUUAACCAUCAGGGGUCCUUUACUUUUACCAUUUAUGUUUAUCUUGAAAGCUGCAAUCUGUCAGUUACUGUCCUAUGCUUUGGUCCGUAUUAGAGAUUGUGUUUAUAGCAGGCAUUAUGUUAACUUCUCUAGCAUGCUUGCGCUGCACAGGUAGUGAAAGAUUCUGUCUUCUUGAAUUCCUUUCUCUGCCUUGCAGGUAAACCUCCGCCAUGAAUUUUGAAGGUCUUGACCCAGCCCUCGCAGAGUAUGUACCUGCCCUGCACCCUGCUCUGGAUCCGCACCUCAAUGCUAGCCUACUACAGAAUGUGGAGCUGGAUCCAGAAGGGGUGCCAUUGGAGGGCAUCCCUGUGCCUGACUCAGUGCAUAUCAUGGAGGGCAUGUACUCGGAGCUCCACACCGUUGUCUCUGAAGUGGGCGUUCCUGUCUCCUUCUCACACUUUGACCUACAUGAAGAAAUGCUCUGGGUUGGGAACCAUGGGGUAAGGGAUUCUCAUUACAUGUCAGUGAUGAUCAGAAGAGUUAUACAGUAUGCUGGAUCAUACAUUGAGGAGGGUUGGGAUUAAUGAUACGAUCUUCUAGAAACUCCUGUAAGCUGAUUUCAGCUCCAUUGAGGAAGGCUACACACACCUAUAAGAUUCUUGUUUUCUUGUAGGUUCCUGCUUAGAAUGCCAAGGAUUCUAACUUUCUUUUUUUAAAUUCAGUGUAUAUCCUAUCCUCAAGGAGAUCAGCACUAUCAUGAAAGACACAAGUUGUCCACCUAUGUCUUUAAAACCGUGGUAACUCUUAGUGUUAUAUUCAACAGAAAUAUGGCUUGUUCAGCGGAGAAGGUAAACUGUGGUUGGGGGGGGAAAGUAGAUGAAGGAGCCAGAAGGUCUCAUAAAUAUUAAAAUGAGCUGGCUACAUGCAGGAUAUGUUACAGGUCAAAUCUGAUGUGAGGGUGACUUGAGUUGCCUCCCUCUUUUUCAGGGUCAUGCCACUUCUUUCUUCGGCCCAGCCCUGGAGCGUUACUCUUCCUUCCAGGUGCAUAGUAGUGAUGACAUUCGACAGAUCCAGAGUCUAGAGAAUGGGGUACUCUUCCUGACCAAAAACAACCUCAAAUAUAUGUCCAGAGGGGGACUUAUAAUCUUUGAUUACCUGUAAGUGCCUUCUGCUGGGGGUGUGGUGGUUUGAGCAUUUUUGGAAAUGGGCCCUGCCCAGUCUUUGGUCUCUGUGUAGAGUUUACUUGGAAGAAUGCCAGUUAUAGCCUUAGGAAUAUUAUGAAAUCCAUGUACCUACAGUCACACAUCUGGUGUGGGAAGCUGUGUGAGAUGUGCACAAUUUGCAGGCUUUAAUUAUUUGAUAUAUUCCAGGGCAAGCUUGAGAAGAGGGCUUUGAUGUCAUAUCCUGUUGCUCCUCAUGAAGCAUGUGGACGUGCUUCAAUGUAGCAUUUCCUGCUUCCUUUAUAAAAUUUAUUGCUUGAGGACUUCUAGAUGGGAAAUUUGCAUCAAUAUAGUUUAGCCACCUCCUUUUUCCUGGAAUGGUCCCCAAAGGUUUCAUGAUGCAAGAUUCUGAUGUCACUUUGAUUUACUUGGUGAGCUCACAUGUAGCAAUGACUGAAUGGAAAAUACUAGGUCAGCAUUGGUUCUCACAGUUCCUUUUUCUCCUCCUCUAGCAUGGAUGAGAGUGAGGACAUGCACAGUCUACUACUGACUGAUCCCAGCACCUUGCUUGUUGGGGGGCUCACCAGCCAUGUGAUAGAGAUAGACCUCAAUACAGUCCAAGAAACUCAAAAGGUAACACACGCUUCUCACAUAUCUGACCCUAAUGCGUUGCAUUGAUUCUGAUUACCCAGAACCAAAGAUGUUGAGGUUUUGUCAUGUUAAGCUUACACAAAGAUGAACAGGAAUCUCCACUGGAUAACAAAAUGACUGGUUUAAUCUUAAACAAAUUGUAACUCUGGAGCAGAACAGCAGGAGGAGAUCUUGUUCCUUGUUGUGAUGAUGUAUCCAAGUAGGCUUGGCUCCUGUUAUCGCCAGUCCAAAAUAUUUUUGUCUCCCAACCUAAAGAGAUGCUUUGGAGAUAUAAUAAUAAUGUUUUUGUCACCAGAAUUUUGAUUUAACAUAAAAGUAACGGGUUGAAGCCAAAAGUCUGAAAGUUCAAACAGAAAGUGAAAUGUCAACAUUCCUGUUUCUGACCUCAUGAAAAGAUAUUAACUUUCCCAUUUUUUUAAUUCGUCAGGAAAAAAAUGUUGCAACACAUCUAUAGGUUUCCCUAAUAAUAUCAUUUUUUAAAAGUGGCGCUUCUCAGCAUAAUAGUGUGUAUGAAAGUAAUGUAAGUUUUUUUCUGUAACAAAAAUUGUAGAAGCUUUCCAUAGUUUUAUCUGGAUGUACUGGAUCAAUAGAUGGAUAGAAAGAUACGGACACAUUUAUUGAUCUUGUUUGUAUGUAGUGCUAUAAUAAUAACAUUUUGUUACUUAUUCCUCACCCAUCUGAUUGGGUUGCCCCAGCAAUUCUGGGCAACUUCCAACGUGAUAUAAAAACACAGUUGGACAUCAAACAUUAAAAACUUCCCGAUACAGGACUGCCUUCAGAUGUCUUCGGAAAGUCGUGUAAUUGUUUAUUUCUUUGACAUCUGAUGAGAGAGCAUUCCACAGGCCACUACCAAGAAGGCCCUCUGCUUGGUUCUCUGUAGCUUCACUGCUCACUGUGAGGGAACUGCUAGAAGGCCCUUAGAGCUGGACCUCAUUUUUUAUAUUGUAUCCUUAAUCUUAUGAUAGAAGAAGGCUGCAUGCCAUGUUUUAUUUUUGCAAACAGAUGUCCAUUCAAAGGCAUUGCCACUGAAUUAUUUUUAUUUUUCCUUAUAUUGUCAUUCAGGUUGUUUUGUUUUUUAAGCAAACUUAUUUCUUCCUUUGGUGCUGCGUGGGAAAUAAUAGCCAUUCACCACUUGGCAGUUCUACCCUUUCCCCCUGAAUCAUGUAGCAUCUGUAUAUUCAUAGUGGUCUGCUUUGCCUCUGUCCAGAUCUUAAUCCCACUUUUUAUAUCUCUGUUUUAGUACACAGUGGAAGUGCCUGGGGUCACUAUCAUGAGACAGUCAAACCGUUUCUUCUUCUGUGGCCACACAUCAGGAAAGGUAACACUGAGCAUCUUAUCAUCACUGCCCCCCCCAAAUGUUUAAGAGCAACAGGCACUCCAGUAACACAGUGAGAGCUUGUGCCUUAUGAAAAUCAGUUCUUUUUCCCUUUAAAAUUGAAGCAAGACAUUCCAGUGCCAAACUUUCCACAUAUGUUGGUUUGACGGGGUGAAUUUCGGCUUGGAGUAUUUUUUAACAUUUUUUUAAAUGAGUAGGAAUCUGUACGGGUUACACUUCACACAGAGUCUGAUUGUUAUAUUUGAACUUGGGGAGCAGCUUUUAUUCCCCAAGUAGGACUGACUGGUUUUUGCAGUUGACAAACCACAUUCUGGCUUCAAACAACAUGACAGGUCAUACUAUGGCUUACAGUGGUACCUCUGGAUGCGAACGGGAUCCGUUCCAGAGUCCCAUUCGCAUCCUGAAGGGAACACAACCCGCAUGUGUGGGUCGUGAUUCGCCUCUCCCGCGCAUGCGCGUGAUGUCAUUUCGACCGUCUGCGCAUGCGCGAGCGGCAAAACCCGGAAGUAAUGCGCUCCAUUACUUCGACCCGAGGUAUGACUGUACAGUGGUACCUCGGGUUAAGUACUUAAUUCGUUCCGGAGGUCCGUUCUUAACCUGAAACUGUUCUUAACCUGAAGCACCACUUUAGCUAAUGGGGCCUCCUGCUGCCGCCGCGCCGCUAGAGCCCGAUUUCUGUUCUUAUCCUGAAGCAAAGUUCUUAACCUGAAGCACUAUUUCUGGGUUAGCGGAGUGUGUAACCUGAAGCGUAUGUAACCUGAAGCGUAUGUAACCCGAGCUACCACUGUAUUUGUGCCAUGUGCAGCGCCUGAUUGAUGUACAAAGGAGGUCUCUGACUUUACAAGAGGAACACAGAGAGAAAAAUGCCCAGUUAAUUCACUCGACGCCAUUCUAUUCCAUUGUUCUCUCGUGGUGCUUCUUUUAAAUCAAAUAUAGUAGGGUGUCUUCUGUUCCUUCCUUAGGUUUCCUUGCGUGAUCUCCGCACUUUUGCUGUGGAGCAUGAGUUUGAUGCCUACUCCGGUAGUCUGUCAGAUUUUGAUGUCCACGGCAACCUGCUGGUGACCUGUGGCUUCUCCAGCCGAAUGAAUGGCCUAGCCUGCGAUCGCUUCCUCAAGGUGUAUGACCUGCGCAUGCUGAGAGCCAUCACACCUCUGCAGGUCCACAUUGACCCUCUGUUUCUGAAGUUCAUUCCUACGUACACAUCUCGCCUUGCCAUCAUCUCCCAGACGGGUAGGUAGCUAGACCACAGAGGCCACGUUGCCUCACCCUCUGCUUUGGAUGUGCUGGGACUUCAGAGUCCUGUCCUGUUUGAAUCUAGCCACCUUCAAGAGAUGCCCACAGUGUGACGAAUCGAGUCAAGCUCGGGGCAGUUUGCAUUAAGAGACCUGCAGAGAAACCACACAUCUGAUUUGCUCUUCCUUUCUUUUUUUUCUUUUCCCCCAAUAAUUUUUAUUAAGUUUCAUACAAAUAUAGCACAUACUGUAAAACAAGUACAAAAAUAAAAAACAAAUAAAACUAGUAAAAUGAAUAAAAACAGAAAAUAUAACAGCAAACACAUAAACAACACAGAUUAGUUAAUUAAUAAAACUUCCAAUCUCAUAAACAUAUCAUUUGACUUCCUCUAGUCCCUCCCAUCUGAAUUUCCUUGUAUCUGAAUGUAACAGUUUUCCAAUAUCAUUAUUCAAAAACAAUAUUCCAAUUAUAAUCAGAUUUCUUAACUUUUCUUAACAUUCUAAAUCUCAUUUAUUUAACUAUUAAUUUAAUCCUAAGCCUGUUUGGUACUUUCAAGUGACUUCUAAUUUUUAAUAUUACAAUAUUUAUUCAAAUAGUCUUUAAAUUUCUUCCAAUCUUCUUGAUAUUCCUCUUCUUUCUGGUCGCGGAUCCUUCCAGUAAGGUCAGCUAGCUCCAUAAAGUCCAUCAUCUUCAUCUGCCAAUCUUCCACAGUUGGUAAUUCUUGCGUUUUCCACUUUUGGGCUAUUAAAAUUCGUGAUUUGCUCUUCCUUUCUAGGUCAGUGUCAGUUCUGCGAACCCACCGGAUUGGCCAAUCCGGCUGACAUCUUCCACGUCAAUACCGUGGGCCAGCUGAUCAUGAGCUUUGAUGUGUCUGCCAGCAAACAAGCCAUGGUUUUUGGAGACUCCGAGGGCUGUGUCCACCUGUGGACUGACUCGCCCGAGAUCACCUUCAAUGCCUACUCCCGGGAGACUGACUUUGCUUUGCCUUGCAUUGUGGACACCUUGCCCCACCUUGACUGGAACCAGGAUCUCAUGCCUCUGUCGCUUAUACCUGUGCCGCUGACCACCGAGUCCCUGUUGUCAGAUUGGCCGGUUUCCAACUCUGCCCCUGCUCCCAGGUAGUUCUUUAGAAUAGGAAAUCUAGAGAGAAGUACAGACCUUUAGGGUCUAGGGGUGGGGAACCUCAGAACUGUGGGCCAAAUGAGGGCCUCUGUCUGGCCCUCAGUACUCUUUUUGUCUGGCUGUAAUGUGUCCUUGAGCUCCAUUAAUGCCUCUUGCCUAGAUGGGCAAUAGAGAGGCGUGUGUGCAGAAACUAGCUUUCUGUACAAAAGUAAAAUUCACAUUUGUUUCUCUGCCCACUUUUACCGCUUGCCCCUCCCACCACCAUCAUGUGGACCCUGGAAGUUCUCAGGCUGCAAAAGGUUCCCCACCCCCACUUUCUUGGGUGGUGGUUUGAGAGUUCUUGGUGGUUUCCUUUCUUCUAAUUUGCUCCUUGUUGAUAUCGGGCUGUAAUUUAAUUACCGUAUUUUUCGCUCCAUAAGACGCACUUUUUCCCUCCUAAAAAGUAAGGGGAAAUGUGUGUGCAUCUUAUGAAGCGAAUGCAGGGGGGAGGCAGGCAGGAAAAGCCCCCAAGAGCCGCACACAAGCUCUGCGCGGCUCUUGUGGGCUUUUCCCCAGGAGGGAGAAGGGACUGACGCGGCCAGUCAGUCUCUUCUCCCUCCUCAUAGAAAAGCCCGCAGGAGCCACACGCUCCUUAAAAGGUGCAAGGCUCCUGUGCGCUUUUGCGGGAGGUGGGGGAAUUGCCAUAGCUGCGUGCAGCCUCUCCCGGCCGGAGAGGUUGUGCACAGCUAAAGAGGAAGCCAAGACAGCCAGCGGGAUGGAUCCCGCUCGCUGUCUUGGCUUCUUUGCUCUUUGGGGCUGGGGGGGGGGAACCGGGCUUCCCCCAGCAGCCCCAAGAAGCUGCUCUUUGAAGCUGAGGGGGGAAAUAAUAUUUUUCCCCUUGAUUUCCCCCUCUAAAAACUAAGUGAGCCUUAUGGUCUGGUGCGCCUUAUGGAGCGAAAAAUACGGCACUUUGUUCUUUUACAUUACAGUGGUACCUUGGUUCUCAAACAUAAUCUGUUCCGGGAGUCCGUUCAACUCCCAAAACCGUUCGAAAACCAAGGCACAGCUUCCGAUUGGCUGCAGGAGCUUCCUGCACUCAGGCAGAAGCCACGUCGGAUGUUCGGCUUCCAAAAUACAUUCUCAAACUGGAACACUUCCUGGUUUGCAGCGUUUGGGAGCUGAUUUGUUCGGCAACAAAGAUGUUCGGGAGCCAAGGUCCCACUGUAUAGACGUUGCAUGUUAUUCUGUAUUUAAAAAGGUAAAGGGACCCCUGACCAUUAGGUCCAGUCACGGACGACUCUGGGGUUGCGGCACUCAUGGCUCUGUGGUUUAGACCACAGCGCCACCCGCGUCCCACUUAUUCUGUAUUUACCCCUCUUUAAAUAUUAUUUUAAUUCACUCUGGGUAUCCUGGGAGGAACAUAAGAUUCCUUUCAGAGUCUGGUAACAUUGCAUCCAGUAAUAGAGGUAGGGGAUUUUUAAUUCUUCCAAUAUCUGGGCACGGUCCCUGGGAUCCCACAGCUCCCCAAAUAAAUGGCUGCAUCUCUUUGGGAAGCUUGCCUCGCUGCUUUGGGGAGUUCACUGUCAAAUGGGGUUGGAAGGCGUUGUCUGAGCCACAGUUUGUUUUGUAGACGAGCCCCAGCGGUUGACCCAGAGAUCCUUCGUGCCAUGAAGAAAGUUGGCUUCAUUGGAUAUGCUCCAAACCCCAGGAACAAGCUCCGAAACCAGGUAGCUAGUUGGCUGUUUGGCACUUUCACGCCUGUUGAACACCUUGAGAGUUGUACUUCUUGGGUGAUGGUUAUUUGUUGUUUAGUCAUUUAGUCGUGUCCGACUCUUCGUGACCCCAUGGACCAGAGCACACCAGGCACUCCUGUCUUCCACUGCCUCCCGCAGUUUGGUCAAACUCAUGCUGGUAGCUUCGAGAACACUGACCAACCAUCUCGUCCUCUGUCGUCCCCUUCUCCUUAUGCCCUCCAUCUUUCCCAACAUCAGGGUCUUUUCCAGGGAGUCUUCUCUCCUCACGAGGUGGCCAAAAUAUUGGAGCCUCAGCUUCAGGAUCUGUCCUUCCAGUGAGCACUCAGGGCUGAUUUCCUUCAGAAUGGAGAGGUUUGAUCUUCUUGCAGUCCAUGGGACUCUCAAGAGUCUCCUCCAGCACCAUAAUUUAAAAGCAUCAAUUUUUCGGCGACCAGCCUUCUUUCUGGUCCAGCUCUCACUUCCAUACAUCACUACUGGGAAAACCAGAGCUUUAACUAUGUAUUGUUAAAUAUCUUGUUUACUCCAGAACGGCUUGUGGUUUAGGGUGUGGCUGGGGAACUGAUUUCUUCAUCUGAAUUCUGAAUAUGUUUCCUUUAGAUUUGUAAUGCCACAGAAUAUGCUGAUUUUUUGUUUUUUUUUAAGGAAGGUAGAUCCUGCUGGGUAUAGCUUAGCUUAAGAACCAGCACGUCCUGUAACCUCACAUAACCUGAAAUUUAAAAUGCUGCUUUAGAAGUGGAUGCCAGCUAACACUUUGAUUGCCUAUCUGCUUCUGCCUCAUAGGGUGAGAGGCAGCUCCAUGUGUUGUGUUGUGUUGUGUUGUGUUGUGUUGUGUUGUGUUGUGUUGUGUGUCACUUACAUGGAUGUGCAUUUUGGAGCCAACAUGGUGAGAAAAAGCCAGGUAGCAGCCUUAGGAUCAUAGAAUUGUAGAGUUGGAAGCGAUCCCGAGGAUCAUCUAUUCUAGGCAUCCCCAACCUUCAGCCCUCCAGAUGUUUUGGACUACAAUUCCCAUAAUCCCUGGCCACUGGUCCUGUUAGCUAGGGAUCAUGGGAGUUGUAAGCCAAAACAUCUGGAGGGCCGCAAGUUGGGGGUGCCUGAUCUAGUCCAUGGGUAGGCAAACUAAGGCCUGGGGGCCGGAUCCAGGCCUAAUCGCCUUCUAAAUCCGGACGGUCCGGGAAUCAGCGUGUUUUUACAUGAGUAGAAUGUGUCCUUUUAUUUAAAAUGCAUCUCUGGGUUAUUUGUAGGGCCUGCCUGGUGUUUUUACAUGAGCAGAAUGUGUGCUUGUAUUUAAAAUACAUUUCUGGGUUAAUUGUGGGGCAUAGGAAUUUGUUCAGUUCUUUUUUCCAGAAUAUAGUCUGCCCCCCCUUGCAAGGUCUGAGGGACAGUGGACCUCUGCUGGAAAAGUUUGCUGACCCCUGAUCAGUUGAACCCCCUGCAAUGCAGGAUUAUGCAGCUGCCCCAUUAAGGGAUCGAACCUGCAACCUUGGCAUUGUCAGUACCACGCUCUAAGCAACUGAGCUAUCCAGGCUCCUUGGUGUUUUAGGUUCAAACAGGGUGCAUGCGGUAUUUUUCACAUGCUCCUACCUCUCUUCUGAUAUCUGAGGGUAGCUCAUUCUGAUAUUAGAAAGUCCAAAAUUGGAAAGGUUACAGUGCAGAAGCUCUGUGGAUUGGCAUCCCACUGUCUUUUUCAGAUUCCCUAUCGACUGAAAGAGCUGGACAACGAGUUUGAUAAUUUCAGCCAGGUCCCUGAAUCCCCCAUUGGACGGGAAGAGGAACCGCAUAUCUACAUGGUGGCAAAGAAAUACAGGAAGGUCUGUGUUUAAACACUUGCCAGGGUGUUGGAUAUUUUGCAGAGGAAGGUAUGAACGAAUGUAUAUUUGAUAUAUAAUGGAAGGAAUUCAGCAUUGUACUACUUCGAUCUUUUCGUCAGGGCAAGCAUUUCAGCUUACAGACAGAACAAUUCCCCCUCUUCUUCCCCUGCAUUCUGUUCCAGGGGUUCUCCCGACCCCAUUGAGCUAAUUUUGUGGGGCACAUGAGGUGAGUGGGGGGAAAACCCUGUUGUACAAGUAGAAGUCUUUCUGGUGGUCUUCUGCUGAUGGGACUCCUUAGUUGAAGCCUGCCCCAUAUCUACAGAGGGAGAUGCAAAGCGUUUUCAGGAAGAAAAGUGACUAGGAAGAAGAAGAAGAGUUUGGAUUUGGUAUCCCGCUUUAUCACUACCCUAAGGAGUCUCAAAGCGGCUAACAUUCCCCUUUCCCUUCCUCCCCCACAACGGACACUCUGUGAGGUGAGUGAGGCUGAGAGACUUCAGAGAAGUGUGACUAGCCUAAGGUCACCCAGCAGCUGCAUGUGGAGGAGUGGAGACGUGAACCCGGUUCCGCAGAUUACGAGACUACCACUCUUAACCACUACACCACACUGGCUUUCUAGGGGCACCAGAAGGCAGCACGAAGGGCCAUGCACUUUGAAGCCAGCCUUAUAAAUUCCCAUUCUGUCCCAGCAUAAAUUAGACUAUGGUAGAACAGUCCUCUCUCUUGCAUAAUGAAAGCUUGCCAGACCAGGGUGGGUAGAAGUCUUGCGCACAGCCUGUUCCUUGCGAGGCAGAUUGCCUCAUGUUGCCAUCUGUGAAGCAAGAAAAGCGAAUGGGGAUUUUCGUGUUACCUCCAUUCGUGGGUUUGAGUCACAUGAGAACAGCCCUGAAAUCUGCAUUGCGAUCUCGGCUUCUGGGCAGAUUAAGAUCUCGAGAGAAUCGGAUGAGCUCGUGCAGGUACCUUGCGGAGGUGCAGGUGUGCCAGAAACAAAGAGCCUUUGAACAGUUUCACUUGGGCUGUGGUUCUCUUCCUCAUGUUGGCGUGUCGAAUAAGUGUGUGCUCCCGUGUAAACAAUAUCCUUGCUGUACAAUUAUAUUUUCUUUCCUGAUGUAGGUCACAAUUAAAUACUCCAAGUUGGGCUUGGAGGACUUUGACUUCAAACAUUACAACAAGACUCUCUUUGCCGGGCUAGAGCCCCAUAUUCCAAAUUCCUACUGCAACUGCAUGAUCCAGGUGGGUGCAAAGUUGCUUUCUCUGUGAUGGAUUGCCUCCGCCUUCCUGUGAUAACCUCGGUCUCAUCUACCCAUCUUCCUUUCUUCAGGUCCUGUAUUUCCUAGAGCCGGUGCGCUGCCUGGUCCAGAACCACUUGUGCCAGAAAGAGUUCUGCCUGAGCUGUGAGCUGGGCUUCCUCUUCCACAUGCUGGAUUUGUCCAGAGGAGACCCUUGUCAGGUAAAGAUGGGCAAAUGGAAGGCACCGUGCAGAAUCCUUCCAUCUUUCACAGGAUGCUUUUUGGAGUAGAGAUGUCUAUUCGGAGUCAUAGGCAGGAAAGCCUAUGAGACUGAAACAGGCCUUGAUUAGCAUUACAGUGGUACCUCGGGUUAAGUACUUAAUUCGUUCCGGAGGUCCGUUCUUAACCUGAAACUGUUCUUAACCUGAAGCACCACUUUAGCUAAUGGGGCCUCCUGCUGCCACCGCACUGCCGGAGCACGAUUUCUGUUCUCAUCCUGAAGCAAAGUUCUUAACCUGAAGCACUAUUUCUGGGUUAGCGGAGUCUGUAACCUGAAGCGUAUGUAACCUGAAGCGUCUGUAACCUGAGGUACCACUGUAUUUUUUUCUUGGCAAAGAUGUGGGCAGACAGGUGGGUGGAAGGAGGGGCUGCCUGUCCUGGGAUGAGCCAUUGAUGAUGAUGAUGAUGAUGAUGAUGAUGAUAUUAUUAAUAAUAAUAAUUUAUUUAUACCCUGCCCAUCUGGCUGGGUUUCCCCAGCCACUCUGGCCAGCUCCCAACAGAAUAUUAAAAACACGAUAAAACAUCAAACAUAAAAAACUUCCCUAAACAGGGCUGUCUUCUAAAAGUCAGAUAGUUAUUUAUUUCCUUCACAUCUGAUGGGAGGGCAUUCCACGGGGCGGGCGCCACUACCAAGAAGGCCCUCUGCCUAGUUCUCUAACCUCACUUGUCGUAGUGAGGGAACUGCCAGAAGGCCCUCGGAGCUGGACCUCAGUGUCCGGGCUGAACGAUGGGGGUGGAGACGCUCCUUCAGGUAUGCUGGGCCGAGGCUCAGCCAAGACACGUGCGUAGCUGUGGAGCACUGUUGGGGGCAGAAAUGUGACUCACACUCUUCCAUCUGCUGUGCUAAAGUGCAGGCCACUUGCAUGUGGGGGCAGCCCAGGGCAGCCCUGCCAUCCAAAGUAGCAGCUCCCUUCGUGCUGGCUCCUAUCUAUUGUGCUGCAGAGCUGUGUGGCAGAAAUGGGGCUGUGGUCUCCUUGGGGUUGUAGCACAAUUGGGGUGUUAAUUAUCCCACCCAGGUUCUCUCAAAGAAUUGAAUGGGGCUGGUCUAAGGAGUUUGCUUCACACACCCUGCCAGAAGUUCCCAUCUGGCCUUGGCUGGUUGCCCCAGACUUUAGAAGGAAUUUGAGAAGCACUGCCGACUCCUUCUCCCCAGCCUUACUCUAUGAGCUGAUCAGAAAAUGUGCCUCUGUAUAGUCAUUUUCUGCUCCGUGCUCUAGGCCCCAAUCAUAAGUACAAUACCCUUUCUCUUGAGUAGGCCUCUCACAACUUGGGAAUGGACUGCUUACAAAUGUAGACUUUGGAUAAAUAUGACAUUGUAUUGGACAUGUUUAUACAAAGUGUAGUAGGCUAUUAAUAUUUGCAUACGUAUUAGGAUAAUAUCAAAUUUUUAUAAGAACGUAUGGUUUUAGGGUAUUUUCUCAUAUAUUGAAUGUAUUCGUAUAUUCACAUUUUUGUGUUUUUCAUUUUUUUUAUUUGCAUCACUUUAUUUCUUUAUUAUUGAGACCUUUUCAAUAAGAGAUUACAGUUGUACCUUGGUUGCCAAACGCCUUGGAACUUGUACGUUUCAGCUUCCAAACGAUCGAAAACCGGAAACGAGUGUUUGAGCCAAUCAGAAGCCGCUCUUUGGUUUCCAAACAUGUUUUUGUUUUUUUGGGUUUUUUUUAAUGAUAUUUAUUAAAAUUUCAAAGAAUACAAGAAUUACACAAAAACAAAAAGUAAAAAUACAAGAAAAUACAAAAUACAGCAACAAGAAUAAAAAACCCUUAUUAAGGUAUAACAAAGAAAUGAAAAAUAAAAAGAAACAUACAAAAUAAAAACAGUUAAAAACACAUUAAUUUUCCAUAGCAUAUCUUCCUUACACUUAUUUCCCCGGACCUCCUCGUACCUCCCUUUUUUGUAUUCCAGUUCAGUUUGCUAGUUCAGCAAAUCCUUACCAUUAAGCUUUGGUUUCCAAACAUUUUGGAAGUCGAAUGGACUUCCGGAACGGAUUCUGUUCGACUUCCAAGGUACCAAAAAAUAGAAACAAAAGAAAAAAAUGAGUAGGCCUUUGUCCCCAAACAAACUACAAUGACUUAUCCUGGGCUGAGGGAGUGUGUUAGGCCUUUGAGCUCAUCAUGUCAUGCUACUCCUGCCCUGUGGCAGCUGUCAGAACAGCACAGCUGCCUGCCACUAUUAUCCGUGAGCUACUAUUCCUCUUGACACUCACCCAACUCAGUCCCCCACCUCCUUUGCCCAGCUUGCAUUUUGUUCUUACGUUCAUGAGCGAGUGCGCAUGCUCACAUGCGUUCCAAGCCUAUCGUGCCUGUGAGGAGGAAUAGAAGAACACUUUGGAGCUCAGUUCUUCAGGGUUUUGGUUGGGCUUGAGCGCACCCAGAAUUUUAUUUUUUAAAAAAUACAAGGCCAUUUCCUUCAUUUCAGGGCAGCAACUUCCUCCGCGCCUUCCGCACCAUUCCGGAGGCAGCUGCUUUGGGGCUGAUCUUGGCGGACUCUGACGAGGCUACAGGGAAAGUGAAUCUAGGCCGUUUGGUUCAGAGCUGGAAUCGCUUCAUUCUGACCCAGCUCCAUCAGGAAACUCAAGAGCAGGAGGGACCUCAGGCUUACCGAGGCAUUGGCAGCAGGUAACGGUCAUGUCCUUCCCCCCUUUUUUUUAAUCUCUUGGAAACUUUGAGAACCUGCAUGCCUGUUUCUUCUGCUUCCUCUCCUAGGUCUAACUUGGUUUAAAGUAUAUUUCCAAAUUGUUUCAGUCUGUCCUGUUCUGACCUCAGAUACAGACUAUGCCCUAACGCAGGUGAGCACAGCCAAAGUCACGGCUGAGCACACUGAUGAGGUUUACCCCAUGUAUCAUCCUCUGCUUUUGUUUUUUUUUGUUUUUUUAGGGAAAUUUUUAAUGUUUUUUUUUUUUAAAUAAUUUUUUAUUAAAGUUUUAAACAACAAAAAAAGAAAAACAACACACACAAAAAACAAUACAAAACUUAACAAUAUAAACACAAAACAAUUAAAAACAAACUCUCUUUUCCAUUUCCAAUUUUAAGUUACUUAUUUUCUGGACUUCCUCAUACCUCCCUCUUUUGUAUUCCAAUCCACAUUAUUUGUCCAGCAGUUUCUUUUCCACUUUUUUAAUCCCAAUCUUUAAUUUAAUAAAAUGUUAUAAUAUAUAACUUCAACUUUUUUUUUAAACCUAAUCCUUUAAUCUUAAUAUCAUAUAACUUUAAAGUUUCCCCUUUUAAAAUCAAAUUUCCAUUUCUUUAAACUUCUUUAAUCUUAAUCUUUAAUCUCAAUCUAUCCUUAACUUUAACCUGUGCAGCUGGAAACCACUUGUUUUCAGUCCAUCAUCACUCUAACAUUCCUUAAUUUUGCAGUGUUUCUGAAGAUAGUCUUUGAAUUUCUUCCAGUCUUCCUCCAUCGACUCUUCUCCCUGGUCUCGGAUUCUGCCAGUCAUUUCCGCCAAUUCCAUAUAGUCCAUAAGUUUCAUCUGCCAUUCCUCCCGCGUGGGAAGUUCUUGUGUCUUCCAAUACUUCGCGAUAAGUAUUCUUGCUGCUGUUGUUGCAUACAUAAAGAAAGUUCUAUCCUUUUUUAACACCAUUUGGCCGACUAUGCCCAGUAUCAUCCUCUGCUUUUGAUCCCCUUCUCCCCCAGCUGGCAGAAAUCUCCUUUCCAGUAGACACAAAAGCUGUGUCUCCUUCUCAUUCCUCCUGUUGGCUCUCUAGCCUUCGAUUCUGUUUGAGAGGAAGAAGGGUUUUCCCAUGCUUUCCUCCCCAAACCAGCCUUCCCAUCAACCAUGCAUGAGAGAGAAGGCCAUGACUACUGGUGGCAGAAGGCACACAUGCGCAGAGGGUGUACCUGGGAUAUGCCGACUUAAACUACUGUGUAGAGAUCUUUCCUAUUCUAAUUAAUUCAAGAGGGUUCUGGAAGCUUCUGUGUGCGAAAGAAGCAAGCAGAAGGUUCAUGUUUGGGUUACAGUGGUACCUGUAAUUCAUUCCGGAGGUCCGUUCUUAACCCAAAACCGUUCUUAACCUGAGGUGCGCUUUUGCUAAUGGGGCCUCCCGCUGCCGCUGUGCCACCAUGUGUCUUCUGCUCGCAUCCCAGAGCAAAGUUCUCUACCAGGAGACCUACUUCUGGGUUAGCAGAGCUCAUUACCCAAAACGUUCGUAAGGAAGACAGUACGUAACCUGAGGUUCCAGUGUAUUCCUUCAUAGAAGCUAAGUACAGCUGGCUUAAACUGGUUCUCUUAUCUCUUUCUGUCAAGGUCAUGCUGACUAUAAAAGUAGGGCCGGAAGGAGCCUGGACUUCACUUUCUCUUUCUAUCUCUUUUCCUUCUGUUGUGGUGUUCUGUACAUAGCAUCCUUAGUUUUAAGGUUUAGACUUACUAUAAGUUAUUGUCAGUUUCCCCCCUUUUCUUCCUAAUGCAACACUAAUGUCUCAACAAAUGAAACUGAUCUGUAGAAAAUGUAACUUGAAAAAAGAGACAUUGCACAUACUUUUGUAAACCAAGAAAUCUUUAAUAAAAAAUACAUUAAAAUAAAAAAGUAAAAUCCGCAGCAACUGGAUUUCUUAUGGACGGUGCCAAUCCUGAAUGUACUGGAUUUGUGAGCAUUAUGCUCAUUUGCUUCAGUAGCAGUAAAGCUCUGCUGGAUGAAAUACAAUUGCCUCUGGUAUAUUUUCUGGGAAUCCUGCAAUGUGUUUAAGUUGUUACUCUGCUAACUAUACGUUGGAAUCUAUUCUGGAUCAAUACUGAGUAGAAUUCCAUGACACUGUUGGAGUGCCAUCCGCUUUCUAAAGUUCAGAAUUUGAACUAUGGGCAAACUACAGAGCACUGCACGAUUGGCUCAUGCUGACGAUGACUGCACACCGCUUUCAGAGCUAGUGGCAAUGUGAAAGCCAGUUGCAAGGGAGAUUGCUAUUACGCUCAUGUCCUGUUUGCAAGCUUUCCCAGAGGCUUCUGGCUGGCCUCUGUUGGAAGCAGGAUACUGGGUUAGCUAGGCCCUUGGUCUGAUUCAGCAGCGUUGCUCUUCUCAGGUUACAUGGGAUUGCAACCAACUGUCACAUUCCCUGUUUGGUUGUGUUUUCCGCCUGAAAAGGGUUGUUGUUGUUUAGUCGUGUCCAACUCUUCGUGACCCCAUGGACCAGAGCACGCCAGGCACUUCUGUCUUCCACUGCUUCCUGCAGUUUGGUCAAACUCAUGCUGGUAGCUUCGAGAACACUGUCCAACCAUCUCAUCCUCUGUCGUCCCCUUCUCCUUGUGCCCUCCAUCUUUCCCAACAUCAGGGUCUUUUCCAGGGAGUCUUCUCUUCUCAUGAGGUGGCCAAAGUAUUGGAGCCUCAGCUUCAGGAUCUGUCCUUCCAGUGAGUGCUCAGGGCUGAUUUCCUUAAGAAUCUGCUUGCAGUCCAUGGGACUCUCAAGAGUCUCCUCCAGCACCAUAAUUCAAAAGCAUCAAUUCUUCGGCGAUCAGCCUUCUUUAUGGUCCAGCUCUCACUUCCGUACAUCACUACUGGGAAAAUCAUAGCUUUAACUAUACGGACCUUUGUUGGCAAGGUGAUGUCUCUGCUUCUUAAGAUGCUGUCUAGGUUUGUCAUUGCUUUUCUCCCAAGAAGCAGGCGUCUUUUAAUUUCGUGACUGCUGUCACCAUCUGCAGUGAUCAUGGAGCCCAAGGAAGUAAAAUCUCUCACUGCCUCCAUUUCUUCCCCUUCUAUUUGCCAGGAGGUGAUGGGCCCAGUGGCCAUGAUCUUCGGUUUUUUGAUGUUGAGCUUUGGACCAUAUUUUGCGCUCUCCUCUUUCACCCUCAUUAAAAGGUUCUUUAAUUCCUCCUCACUUUCUGCCAUCAAGGUUGUGUCAUCUGCAUAUCUGAGGCUGUUGAUAUUUCUUCCGGCAAUCUUAAUUCCGGCUAGGGAUUAAGAUUGGGCUGAAAAGAUGAAAAUGGUUAGGGCCCAACAAUCCCAACUUAGCUAUGUUUGGAAGCUGUUGUCUUGUGAAGUAACUGGCAGAGGUGUUUCAGCAUCUCCCUCCUAAAUACUGAACCCGGCACUCUGCUGAUCUUGCCUUGUCUUUUCUAGCAACUUCGGAUCUUCAGGGGACUCGGUCAUCGGGCAGCUUUUCAGCUGUGAAGUGGAGAACUGCAGCAUGUGCCGCUGUGGCAAAGAGACUGUCCGUGUAUCGUCCACACUCCUCUUUACGUUGUCCUACCCUGAGAGCAACGGUAUGACUUUUAAGGGGUGAGAGUGCAUGGGUGGGAAAAGCACAGAGUUGAAUGGAAUGGGGAUUGUUUCAUUCUUUAAACCAGGGGCAGAAGGUGUGGGCUUGUUGCCUUUCAGUUGGUUCUUGUAAGCUUACGGGGCUGGAACAACUUGCCUGGAAAGGCACUGGCUAGGGUUCUCAAAAUAGGAUAGGAGCAUCUGUAGAAUGGUGCAGGGUUAGGGUUUUCUUCUGCGCUCUUCUGGUUAAGUUUUACCGUAUUUUUCGCUCUAUAGGACGCACCGGACCAUAGGAGGGGGAGAACAGGAAAAAAAAAGAUUCUCCCCCUCUCUGCUCAGCACCCCUUCAGCGAAGCGGGAGGAGAAAUGGAGCCCCUUCCAUUUCUCCUCCCGCUUCACUGAAGGGGCGCUGCGCACAGAGGGAAAACUGUUAAGCGCCUCUCCAGCGAAGCAAAGCCUGGAGAGCAAGAGUGAUAGGUGUGCACCGACCCCUCUCACUCUCCAGGCUUCAGGCAGCUAUCCGCAAGCCUUCGGAGCACAGCGGGAACUCCUGCUGCACUCCGAAGGCUUGCGGAUAGCUGCCUGCAGCCCCCAGAGUGCAGCGGGAGUUCCCUGCCUUCCGCGGGCUUCAGGCAGCUUCAGCGAAAGCAACCCGGAGCCUCCGGAGUGCGGGGGGAGCUCUCCCUCUGUGCUUUGGAGGCUUCGCGUUGCUAUCGCUGAAGCCAAGGAGCCUGUAUUCGCUCCAUAGGAUGCACACACAUUUCCCCUUCAUUUUUGCAGGGGAAAGAGUGCGUCCUAUGGAGCGAAAAAUAUGGUACUUCUUGAUUUGAUCUUUUUGGAAAUUAAAAUCCCCUCCUUUUUUCCUUCCCUCCUUUUAAGAUAAAAUCAAGGAUUAUGAAUUUGCUCAGAUCUUAAAGCGAAGCAUCUGCCUGGAACAGAACACCCAAGCCUGGUGCGAAAACUGCGAGAAAUACCAACCCACGGUAAGUGGGGAGGGAACAGUUGCAUAGAGCAAGCCCGUGUGAAUGGACUACCUGGACCAGGGCUGCAGCAUUGAUACAGGGGAAUCUAAUGUGUCUUGCAAGGCUGCAUCAGCCAGUAUGGGCCUGAGAACGCAAGCACUGCAGAGCACUUGAUAAGAGAACUGACCACCCCAAAGUUUCUAUCAGUUUCCAGGUCUCCAGCUAGUACGGUCUCAGAUAAAGCAUCCUUACGCUGGGAAGUUUAAAUUCUUAAGCUGAUACCGCAGACGGGGCAAGAAAUUCUAGGGGGCAAAUAUGAUUUCAUCUCCGCUCACUUCAGCCAUCGGCAUCUUAGGAAACCUCUGGUGGUGCCAUCUGUUAAAAAGCAAGAGAUUAUUAGAUCAAUUUGCAUUCCUUGUGACUGCAAAAACAGUGUUUCUCAAACUUGGGUCUCCAGCUGUUGUUGGACUACAACUCCCAUCAUCCCAAGCUAGCAGGUCAGGGGUGAUGGGAGUUGUAGUCCCAGCAACAGCUGGAGGCCCAAAUUUGGGAAGCACUGCUGUAAAAUAAAGCUGCAACAGUAGUACCAAGCAUGAAUCUGUGUCGCUUGCUCUUACAUUGCACAUCUUCUCUCUGCUCUUCAAGGUCCAGACCCGCAACAUCCGCUGCCUGCCUGAUGUUUUGGUCAUUAAUUGUGAAGUAAACAGCUCCAAGGAGGCAGAAUUCUGGAAGAUGCAGGCAGAGGUAUAGGAGAGUGCCUUUUUCUUUUUCUUUUCGGUUUCCAUUCAGUUGCCUUUCGAGGGCACCCUUAAACCAGAUCACUCAAUACUUUGAUUGCUUCCCUGUCUACUAUGGGGGAGCAGGAGCAAGAGUGCACUGUACACACACACAAACACACACAAACAAACACACAGACCCUGCCAACCAGCAAUGCCAACUCCCAACCUCACUGGUUGUUCAAAUAAGGUGUAUGUGCAGACAAUCCAGCACAUGCAAGCUCAUGUCAAGGUUGUCUGUUUCCAAAAUAAGAUUUGGGAAAUGGACCUCACAAUCUGAGAAUAUCCUCUUGGGCCCUUGUUCAGAUGUGAAACCCCAUGUGAAUGGCCAGAGGUUUUGGAGGCAGGGCAGAUGUGCGCGGUGAGUGGGUUGGCGCUGUGGUCUAAACCACUGAGCCUCUUGGGUUUGCUGAUCAGAAGGUCAGCGGUUCCAAUCCCCACGACGGGGUGAGCUCCCGUUGCUCUGUCCCAGCUCCUGCCAGCCUAGCAGUUUGAAAGCACACCAGUGCAAGUAGAUAAAUAGGUACUGCUCCAGCGGAAAGGUAAACAGCUUUUCUGUGCACUCUGGCUUCCAUCACAGUGUUCCGUUGAACCAGUAGCAGUUUAGUUAUGCUGGCCACUUAACCCAGAGAGCUGUCUGUGGACAAACAGUGGCUCCCUUGGCCUGAAAAGUGAGAUGAGCGCCGCAACCCCAAUGUUACCUCUGACUGGAUUUAACCAUCCAGGGGUCCUUUGCCUUUUACCUACCUUCUAUUUGGCACAGUAUAACAUUUUACCUAGGGAUGCGGGCGGCGCUGUGGUCUAAACCACUGAGCCUCUUGGGCUUGCCGAUCAGAAGGUUGGCAGUUCAAAUCCCCAUGAAGGGGUGAGCUCCUGUUGUAUGAUCCCAGCUCCUGCCAACCUAGCAGUUCAAAAGCACGUCAAAGUGCAAGUAGAUAAAUAGGUACUGUUCCGAAGGGGAGGUAAAUGGCGUUUUUGUGUGCUGCUCUUGUUCACCAGAAGCGGCUUAGUCAUGCUAGCCACAUGACCUGGAAGCUGUACGCCGGCUCCCUCGGCCAGUAAAGCGAGAUGAGCCCCACAACCCCAGAGUCGUUCGCGACUGGACUUAACUGUCAGGGGUCCUUUACCUUUUUUUUAACAUUUCACCUGGCCCCUCAUCUUGACUCGCUCCUGGAACUGGCAUGAGGAGGUAGUCAGGGUUUUGCGUUAAGUGAAAUCACUCGGCAUUUGACUGUACGUUUAUUGAGAUCUUUGAAAUAUAAGCAGUGGAUUACUGAAAGAACUAACGACGAGGAAGCUGAGAUAAAACAUAUGUGUUGUGAAACAGCUAAUAAAAAGAAGUAAAAAACAAACAUCAGGAAAGGAGGGGUGGGAAGUCAAGAAGAAAGUUUGUGUUGAAGAAGAAAUUGGAUACAGUGAUAAUUGUUUUGGAAUAUUUUUGGAGACAUUAAAAAUAUAUAUAGAAAAGAGAUGUUUCUACUUCUAGUUUACCUUUUAUUUUCAGUAUGCCUUUAAGAAGUUGAUGAUGAAGAAAGGUGGUCUGGAACUCCCCCAAAGUAGAGAAAUACCUGUUGGGGAAUGGUAAGCAUUUAUCAACUAGGUGUGCUUCCUAGAAUAAAAACUCUACUUUUUUUGUCUAGAAAAGCCUUUUUUUUUUGUUCUCUCCAAUUCAAUCAAGGGACGCGGGUGGUGCUGUGGGUUAAACCAUUGAGCCUAGGACUUGCCGAUCAGAAGGUCAGCGGUUCAAAUCCCUGUGACGGGGUGAGCUCCCGUUUCUCAGUCCCAGCUCCUGCCCACCUAGCAGUUCGAAAGCACGUCAAAGUGCAAGUAGAUAAAUAGGUACCGCUCCAGCGGGAAGGUAAAUGGCGUUUCCGUGUGCUGCUCUUGUUCACCAGAAGCGGCUUAGUCAUGCUGGCCACAUGACCCGGAAGCUGUAGGCCGGCUCCCUCGGCCAAUAAAGCGAGAUGAGCACCGCAACCCCAGAGUCUGCCACGACUGGACCUAAUGGUCAGGGGUCCCUUUACCAAUUCAGUACUACUUGUGUUCUUACCCUUCCUUUAGCGAUUUUUUUUUUAACGGUUGAAAGGCGAUAUCAUGUCUACCUCCGUUUUGUUUAUACUACGUUAUGCAGCAGAAAGGGCACAGAGCAGAAAACUGCAGCAGUAAAAUGACAAUGACAGUACAGAUUGGGAAACGUGGAACAUCAUAUUUAGGGUAUCUAGAAUUCUGUAUAAACAACUUGUGCAUUGCUUUGUAACGAUUUGUUGGGUCUCUGGACCGUAAUAAAGAUUGAUGAUGAUAAACACCUUUCAGAGAAGCUCAGACUGCAUUGAAUUGUACGAAGCCUCCUGUUUGUGUGUUUUCUUGCCUUCCAGGAACGAAUUGGGAAAGGCAGAGGGAGGGCAUUCUUAUACCUCCAUUGAAGAGCUGAAGAACAUCUGGAUUCCUUAUUCUAUCAAGAUGAAGCUCUCCAAGAACAAGGAACUGGAGGUUUACAACUGGGAUGAAAGCACAGAAGUACGUCAUCACUUCUGGCAAGAAAGUCGCCCCAUAGCGCCUGGUUUCUAAAUGCUUUCUCAGGAAUUCUGUGCAGUGCUCACUUUGAUACAAUUAAGGGCAGCCUCUCCAGGUGUGCCGUGGCAUUUGCUACCUCGGUACAGAAUUAUUUUAAUUGUUGGAUGGAAGAAUGUAGAGCCAGUUUUGGCACCUUCCUGUACAAUUGUCAUGCGAUCUUUCAAGGCAGUGACUAACAGCUGAUGCAGCAGCAGAGACUGUAAAUGGAGGGCUGGGUAAAUGAAAAUAUGAAGUAGAAUACACGCCAGGAAGCUCCCAGGCACACGUUUACUGUGCGCUCCUGCAACCUGUGAAGUGGCUCUUGCAGUUAAGAAGUUCUGCCUCUUGCGACUUCAAAAGUUUUGAUUCAGCUCCUCAGUCAUAUGAGGGAAGAGUGAAGGAGUUAGGUUUAGCCCAGAGAUAAGUGGGCAUGGUAAUAUGUUGGGAAUACUUUUGUAAAGCAGGUGAAAUGAUCCCUCUGGGUAAGAUAGGAAGGGAAAGGCCCAUACUGCAGGAGGAACGGAAAGCAGGAUUAUGCAGAUCCAACAGCAUCCUCCAAAAUAUCCCCCCCCCCCGCCCCAUCUCACAUAGGUGUCUGUCUAUCAGUGUGAGCAGAUUCAGCCAGGCUUGUUUGAUAAAAAUAUUUAAUAUGGAAGUGAUUAUAAUCCUUUUCUUUCCACCCCCCCUUUUAAAAUAAUUUUAAUUUUUUAAAUUUAAUUUUUAAAAUGCUGUGAGAGAAUCUGCCUAAGGUAGUCCAUGAACGCCCAAGGUGGUCCAUUAGCCUGGGGGACGUCAUCCUGGUUUGUGCAGCCAUUGCAACAGGAUUUCAGAAAGGCUGGAUCCCUGGAGUUAGAAUUUAAAGGCCUGGCGUACAGUGUGUCAGUGUUUGCCAGUUUUGUUUUGUCUUGCUGCUUAAAAUAACUGAAAAGAAAUCUAGCCAGUUGAUGAACUCUCCUUCCUCUUUGCAGCUGACUGUGUUGGAUGACCAGGAGUCAACGUACGUCUAUGACCUUAUGGCAACCAUUGUGCACAUUCUGGACUCCCGGACUGGGGGCAGCCUGGUGGGGCACAUAAAAGUGGGGGAGACCUACCACCAAAGGAAGGAGGUGAGCCAAUCAGAAGAGAGUACAUCCCACUGAAUUUUGCAUUCACCAAUCUGUAAUUCUCCUAUCUUAUCAAUGGUGUUACAGCCUUCCCAUGGCUGGUCCCUCUGGAUGUUUUGGACUACAACUCCCAUAAUUCCUGACUAUCAGCCAUGUUGGCCAGGGUUGAUGACAUUUAUAGACUCGAACAUCUGGAGGGCAUCAGAUUGGGGAAGGCUGCCUUAGGAGAACCUGCUUGUUUUUCUGUUGUCAUAUUUGUCACAGAACUGCCUUGGCUAUAGGCAGUCGUACCUGUGUGACUGAUUCAUUCAUUAUCUGUAACUGAAAAUGGUAAUUCAUUGACAUAUAUCUUGCAACUUCCAUUUGCACAGGGUGUCACACACCAACAGUGGUACCUUUUCAAUGACUUUCUCAUUGAGCCUGUGGAUAAGGUAAGGAGAUCAAGACGAUUCAUACCCUGUGCUCUCAAUUUCUAUACAUAAGUAACAGAUAUGUAAAUAAGCUUUUUUUUUUUUUGGCAUCAACUCCACUUUGCACGCUUUUUCUGACCCUCACAUUUUGUAUAACUUUUUUGGUGUGGAGCGGAGGCAACAGCCCUAGAGGUUUUGCAGGGAAGGGGGGAAAUGUCUGUCGGGAAAAGGCAGGAAUCUGUGGCCUUCCAGAUGUUGAACUCCAUCUCCCAUCAGCCCCAGUCAUCAACAUUCAUGGAGGGUUACAGAUUCCCCAGCCCAAUGCAGAGCAUAAGAGAUUUCCUAACAGAAGCCCAGAGCCUUUUUGGAGAUGGUCCGUGUACUUUUCCAAACUCUUUCUCCAAUUACGUGGGCUAAAAGCUUGUUUUAAAAACCUCUAAUAUGUCUCCAUUUACAAGACAACUAGCUCAGGCACCCAUUCUAGCGCAAAAUUACACAGUGUAAGAAACAUUAAGAAGUACAUUAAAAUAAUGCCAGUGCAUCCUGUUUUUUGCCAUGGAGAAGUUGCAUAUUUUUCUGAUGGAUAAGAACAAACAAUAGGGAAGAAGACAACCCCAGAACAACACACAACUCAAAUGCGCAUGAUACUCCCAUUGUUGUUUUUUCAUUUAUUAUUUGCUUUUGAAUUUGCAGUGUGAGGCCGUGCAAUUCGACAUGAGCUGGAAGGUGCCUGCCAUCCUUUAUUACGUGCGGCGGAACCUCCACUCCAAGUACAAUUUAACCAGUGAGUGUGUGUGCAUGUGUGCCUUUGACUACAUGGAAAGAGCUCUGGAACAACAACAAAAAAUGAGAAUACUACUCGGGGGCUCAGCAGAACCAGGUUCAACCAUGGCCUGCUGCAGAUUCCCUGGGCAGCUAGGGUUCUUAAACCAAUGCUCCACCUUCCAACCAUGGUUGGUGGAGUAUGGACAGACAGUGCUGGUAUUGCAUUGCUCAGCAACAUAACCAGGUCAAAGCAACAUGGACGGGCCUUGCUUCCAAACAUUGGUGGGGAGCUGAUACCUAAAUGAGCUCCUUAGAUAUAGCUCUGCCUGUUUUCCAGUAGCAAGCUUGGCAUCACAGUGUGGCUCAGGAAAUACCGUAUUUUUUGCUCUAUAAGACUCACUUUUCCCUCCUAAAAAGUAAGGGGAAAUGUGUGUGCGUCUUAUGGAGCGAAUGCAGGCUGUGCAGCUGUCCCAGAAGCCAGAACAGCAAGAGGGAUUGCUGCUUUCGCUGCGCAGCAAUCCCUCUUGUUGUUCUGGCUUCUGAGAUUCAGAAUAUUUUUUUGUUUUCCUCCUCCAAAAACUAGAUGUGUCUUAUGGUCUGGUGCGUCUUAUAGAGCGAAAAAUACGGUGCCUGUUUUUCCCCCCUCCCCGUGCAGUCAGUGUCUUACAUCACCACUUGGUUAUUCAUCUUUGAUCCGUUAUUCACAUAUUUGAUGUAUUCAUAUGAUAAUUUAACCAUUGCUUUUGAAUUUUCAUUGACCAGGGAGGAAAGCGUUGUCUCUGCCCUGUUGAUAAAUAGUUUUGUGGCUGAAGCAGGCCCUGUGUUGUCAGCCUCCCUCACAGCCCCUGCGCCCCCAUAUCUUGACCUCCACAUGUGUCCCCUCCCUGUUUUGCCUAAUACUGAUGCCAAAUAGGAAAUUCCAGUGAGACAUCCCUUUAACACUAAGCAAAAUAGCUCUCCCUCCUUCACAAGGGAUGGGUUGUUGUGAGGUAGUCAUCUGCCACAGAGAUUAAGGGGGCAAAGCUGAGUGGGUUCUGCAAGGAACUGUGUUGAAAUCAAGAGGAAGUGAAACCGACUGAUCAUCACUACAUCUCGAAAAGGAUCGUCUGCGUUUGUGACGCAGACCAGAAACCACUGCUUUGGGGUGAAACUUUGGCACCUUGGUGUAGCUCCCAGGCCGCUGUGUAAAACAGACCACUUUGCUACACAGCCCCAAGUCUCCUGAUUAUUCCGCAGGCACCAAUGUUUUUUGGCAUUUCUGCUGUACAGUGUCCAUGUGUCUUGAAUAAUUUGGAAUGUAAACUUGAUCUGCUUGACAGAGCUUGGUUACAUACCAUCGGAUACCUUUUGGCAUGUUUCCUGUGUCACAAGGGAUCGAUGUGAUCCGCUUCAGUGCUGGAACACCUGUGCUCUGGAUACGAUCUUAACAGGAAAAUCCCGAACUUUUAAAGUAUUGUGGUUCAUUACUGUAAAUCCUCUAGCUGAAUUGGCCCUGUGAUAUUGGCAGGUUUUCCUUUAAACUGUUCUGGGCCCUCUCUUCCUCACGUAGGUUUGAAUAAGCCAGCCUUUUUUUUCUUGCUGAUUACACUGUUUUUGAGAAAUUGGAUAUACAGUGGACGCUCGGGUUGCGAACGUGAUCCGUGCGAGAGCCACGUUCACAACCUGCAGCGUCUGCAACCCACAGCGCCGCGUCUGCGCAUGUGUCGGUUGCGAUUCGGCGCGUCUGCGCAUGCACAAAGCGUGAUUUAGUGCUUCUGCACAUGCGUGAGCGCUGAAACCCGGAAGUAACCUGUUUCGGUACUUCCGGGUUUCGGCAUGUCCGUAUCCCGAAAACGCGCAACCUGAAGCGUCUGUAACCCAAGGCAUGACUGUAACUGUAGAGUGGUACCUCAGGUUAAGUACUUAAUUCGUUCCGGAGGUCCGUAUUUAACCUGAAACUGUUCUUAACCUGAAGCACCACUUUAGUUAAUGGGGCCUCCUGCUGCUGCCGCGCUGCCGGAGCCCGAUUUCUGUUCUCAUCCUGAAGCAAAGUUCUUAACCUGAAGCACUAUUUCUGGGUUAGCAUAGUCUGUAACCUGAAGUGUAUGUAACCUGAAGCGUAUGUAACCUGAGGUACCACUGUAUAUUAGAAGCUUGUACCUACGAGGCCUCCUGUGGGACUCCCUGGGCUGCUUUCUUCAUUCAGACUGCCAUCUCAGAAGGCAUCCUGGAACUGAGCACAACAGCUGAUCUCAGAUUUUCUUUCCCUCUUUCAGUUAAGAACCCUAUCGAAGCCAGUGUGCUACUUGCCGAGGCCUCGCUCGCCCGUAAGCAGCGCAAGUGUCACGCCACUUUCAUCCCGCUCAUGCUGAAUGAGAUGCCCCAGGUGGGGGACCUGGUGGGGCUGGAUGCUGAAUUUGUCACCCUCAACGAGGUAGGCAUUGCGUUGCGGGGAGAGGGGAGAGGUCAGGUUGGGAGGACUGGAAGGUUCCAGAACCUCUCGCCUGUAGGCCUUUGAGCAGCAGCCUCUUCAAAGGGCCAAUGGGAGCUCUUCUUUGUGAGGAGGCCACACAGAACAUAAUUCGUUCACCCCUUGAAAAUACACAAUAGGAGGAAGCUGAGCUUCGCAGUGACGGGACGAAAUCCACUAUCAAGCCCAGUCAGAUGUCGGUGGCCAGGAUUACGUGUGUGAGGGGGCAGGGUCCCAACGAGGGCGUUCCCUUCAUCGAUGAUUACAUUUCCACGCAAGAACAGGUAGGCAGCUUUCUCUGCGAAAACCUUGCAGAGCUCAUCUGGCUCUCCCUACUAAGGAGGCUUUAGACAAGUUGGUCCCCGACUCACUUCAUCUCAAGAACUUUCCUUUAUAAGAUAGUGUUAUCCCCAUUCCACAUGGCAGAAGCUGUGCUGUGAAGCCCAGUCCUUGUCCUUACAGUCCUGGAUGGUGAGAGAUGGGCAUGCAGAAAGCUGUUUGGGAUGGGCUAACACGGGGAGGUACGGGUGGCGCUGUGGUCUAAACCACUGAGCCUAGGGCUUGCCGAUCGGAAGGUCGGUGGUUCGAAUCCCUGCGACGGGGUGAGCUCCCAUUACUCGGUCCCUGCUCCUGCCAACCUAGCAGUUCGAAAGCACGUCAAAGUGCAAGUAGAUAAAUAGGUACUGCUCCGGUGGGAAGGUAAACGGCAUUUCCGUGCGCUGCUCUGGUUCACCAGAAGCGGCUUAGUCAUGCUGGCCACAUGACCUGGAAGCUGUACGCCGGCUCCCUCGGCCUGUAAAGCGAGAUGAGCGCCGCAACCCCAGAGUCAUUUGCGACUGGACUUAACUGUCAGGGGUCCUUUAUCUUUUUUUAACACAGGGUCCUGGGGGCUGAAUGUGGUCCUCUAGGCCUCUCUGCCUGGCCCUUGGGACUUUCCAUAGGCCACACCCCUCACCCUCCUUGAUGUUUUUGCCAGACAAAGCCUCCUGCUUGCCUCAACGCAUUGCUCCACCCACCACUGACAUGUGGUCCCAAGACGUUGCUCAGAAAGGGAACAUGGUCAGCAGAUUAAAAAUGUUUCCCUACUCCAGGCGAACAGAAUGAGCUGUCGUUCUCUGUGAACUAAAAGAAGCCUUGGCAUUGAAUGCAAUGUUUUCUUCCUUUCCAUCUUCCUUUGCCCCUUCUUAGGUGGUGGAUUACCUCACUCAGUACUCGGGAAUCAAGCCGGGGGAUCUGGAUGCCAAAAUCUCCUCCAAACACCUCACCACCCUCAAAUCCACCUACCUGAAACUACGCUUCCUCAUCGAUGUCGGGGUCAAGUUUGUGGGUCAUGGAUUGCAAAAAGACUUCCGGGUCAUCAACAUCAUGGUGACUGCCUCUGUUUUGAACCUUGACAUAUAUGUCCCUCAUGUAUAUAUGUUUGGGCCUCUGUAUGUGAAGGAGCUGACAAUGUACAGGGGGCGCACAGGGAUUUCUUAGCAGACAAAUCAGUGGAGAAAGUCUUUCUUAACAGUAGGAAGAUUCAGAAACCACAGAAAUAGAUUGUUGCCUCUAAAUGCUUGUGCCAAAAUAAGCCGUUCAUCUGGCAAACUUUUAUGGGACCAUCAAGUCCACCACGAUAAGGAACAGAUGGAACCCCUAUCUUCAGUGGAUAAAAACUACUGAAACAAAAGACAUCCGGUGGAAACUAAAGACGCUAUGCUCGUGGCUGAGGAUAAUAGUUUGAACCCUUCCAAUGGAUAUGGGGUGGGGGGGUGGGAAGGGAGGGAAAGGAAAAAAUUGUAAGAGAAAUUUAAAAUUGGAAGGAGAUAAUAUAAUGUAUGUAAAAAUCCCAAACUCGAAUAAAACUUCAAAAAACAAACAGAAAAAACUUUUUAAAAGCAGCAAGUGUUAUGCUUCUGCCUGGAUUUUUUGUAAGUCUAGGACUGUUUAGCUGAGUGCCUUCAGGACUCGUAUGCUCCCAGAAUAUAACUGGACCUCGCCUGUUCUUGCAGGUUCCCAGGGACCAGGUGAUUGACACCGUCUACCUGUUCCACAUGCCCAGGAAGAGGAUGAUCUCGCUGCGCUUCCUUGCCUGGUAUUUUUUGGGUCAGUACAGACCUCCUUCGGUGCCUAUCCAUCUCCCAGCCAGCCUGACGUUGCUGUCAAGGAUUCCCUCGAGCACAGUAAUUCCCUUUGCAUCUGUGUCAAGAGGAUCAAAAUGUCCUUGAUGCCCCCAGCCUAGUGCUGGAGUUGAGAAUUCAGAGUUGAGGAUUUGAGCCCGCAGAGCCGAACUGGAGAACAUCAACAGACAGAGCUCCAAGGAGGGGAGGGUCCGAGGAGGGAAUUGGGUCAAUACCAGGGCCUGAAAGUUGGUUAUGCUGUUUCCUAGAUUUGAUAGACUGAAGAAGGGCAGAUCCUUUGCCCUAAGCAGCAACGGUUAGAAGUAUUUCCCCUCUCCUGCUGCGGUGGGAGUAGGCAAGGCAACAUUAGCCACCGGCUGGAUUCUUUCUGUUUCCCAUAGAUCUGAAGAUCCAAGGGGAGACACACGACAGUAUUGAAGAUGCACGCACUGCCCUCCAGCUGUACAGGAAAUAUGUGGAGCUGAGCACUGGGGGCUUGGAGCCCGAGGAGUUCCGCAAAGUGCUGAAGGGCCUGUACGAGAAAGGGAGGAAGAUGGACUGGAAGGUGCCUGAACCUGACGGCCAAAGCAGCCCCAAGAGUAAGGGCCCAGUUUUCUUUCUUUCUUUCCAAUUACAUUUUGUUGGGUUGAAAUCACGACAGACGAAUGGUGGGUGUCAAAGGAGAGACGUCUGCCCGGGGCAAGUCCCGGGAACUCUCUUUUAUUGAAUAUUACAAACAUUGCCACAGGUGUGCUUGUGGCUGAUUGGUUGAUACAAACACAAAGCAUCUUGUUGCUGAUUGGUUAACAUAGGUACAAGGCGGGAAUAACAUAUGACAUCAAUCAGUGAUAGUUCAAAAGACUGGGAACGGAGCUGGAACUAGACAGGCAUGAAACCUCCUAAUUAAAUUAUAACUAAAGAUUGAUAUUGAGAGAACAUAACAUGAAGGAAUACAACAAUCACGUUCCGUAAAUGUGGUCAGCAAUGCAUUAAGAACAGGUCAGGAUACACUGUUUCAUGAACUCAAUGGGAACUGUUCAGAACAUUCUCAGACUUAUGUGCAGAGGCAAAAACUUCCCAGAAUGUAAGAGAGGAAAGAAGCAAGAGUAAGCAUAGAAAGAUUUCAUAGUAAGACUUCCCACAAUGCCACAGUUAUGAGAGAAACUGCAGAAAGAAAACUUCACAGUGAGAGAACUGCAGAAAGAAAACUUCCCUUCAUCUCCCCCUUUCUUUUCUUGUUUGCGAGCCAUUCCAGGUGGAUAAGGCAAAAAUACUUCGGGAUUAGUGGUGUGCCAGCGAAUGCCCGAAAUAAGCCUGCCAGGGUCGAUGGGACAAAAGUACUUCAGGAUACGUGGUUUGCCAGCGCAUGCCCAAAAUAAAUCCGCCCACAUCUCCCCUAAGGUUUACUGUUGGUGUUGCCAUUUCGCAAUGUAAGCAGCAAGGAGUUUACUGGGUGGUGGAGGGGGGGAGAGAAGCCGAGAGAAAAGACUCAUGAGGCUGGGAACGCAUUGGAGGAAACAGCAUAGUAAAAUAAAAAUAGAAAUUAUGAAAAUAGCAUAUUGAAAAAGAUUACGAAGCCAAGUAAGAUUUGGCAACCAAGCGGUAAGCCACUGGGUGAAAGAAUCCCAGAGGCCAGGAAAACCAAUGUCCUGUUUAAUGUGAUGUGUAAGAUUUUGCAGGAAAACCAAUGUCCUGUUUAAUGUGAUGUGUAAGAUUUUGCAAAUGAGAGAUUUGACUUUGAAUGGUUCUAGAAUUGUCAGUAAUAUUGAAACAGCACAUGUCAUUCACUUGUUCACAGCCAUAAUGAUGAAGCAUCAGCAAAUAAUGAUAGCACGAUUUCGUAAAAGUCCAUUAUAUAGUUCACUGUUCUUUAUUCAAAAGGGGGUUAUAUAAUGUAAAAAGUCCAUUUUGUAAAAGGAUUUUGUAAAAGUCCAUUGUGGAGUGCACUGUUCUUUAUUCAAAAGGUGAAGGGCUUGUGAAAUAUAAUUCAGAGUUUUUUGCUGCAUAACAAGCUAAAGAAGUAAUGUUCACACGAUUCCGUACAGCCAAUCCAGGGACUCCUAAGAGAGAAGCAACUAAAGAGAUAUAUUCAAACCUACUGAGAAGAGAGACAAAAGCAUCACAAUCAUUAGUCAUUUCAAUAUUGCAGCGAUAAAAUGAUGGACAAACGGCUUAAACAGCAAGGUGUGCCAUGGCUGAUGUUUGCUGGAAUGUAAUUAAACGUAUAGCCAGGACACGACCAGAAGAUUUCCAGUUGAGGGGAAGUGCAAGCUUACUCAUUAAAUUGAAUGGUAGCUUGUAAUUGUUGUAGUAAAUCUCUUCCCCACAGAUUGAGGUGGAUUUUCAGCACACAGGGCUGGAUGUAAGCAAUGGUUUCAGAGCUAUCAGGCAGAGAGACAGGCAGCCACUGUACGCUUUUGGAAGAGGUUUGGGGGCCACCCACACCCCAGACUGCAGAGGCAGACUCAAGGGGCCACGUGGGGUCCCAGCAACUACUAGAAAUUACAGAAACGUCUGCGCCUGUGUCAAUCAAGCCUUCCAGCACAAUACCAUUGAUUUUAAACUUACGAAGAAGUUUCUUCUCACCAAUCCUCUGGACUACAGCUGACAGCUGUGGAGGGAAGGAAGAGAGCUCGUGCAAAUUAGUAUCCAUAAUAGAAGCAGUAGGAUGAGAAGGGAGCACCACCAAAUGCGCCCAAGACUCACCCUUUUUUAAUUGCAUGGGCAUAUGGCUCCAGAGUUGAACCAUUAUUGUGCCUACAUAGUCAGGAUCCAGAACUCCAGGAAUAACCUGGAUUCCUUCCUUUGCCGCAGAAAAUUUGGGUAAAAUUAAACCUGCGACUUUAGGAGGCAGGGGACCUGCCAAUUGAGUGGGCAUAAGCACAAUUUCACCAGGUAGAACAGAAUCUUUGGUCUCUUGAUUGAUCAAAUCAAUUGCAAAUUCAGAGGGUGUGUUUUUUGAAAAGUUUGCAGCAGCAGAAAUUAAAGGCGGAAAGCUCUCAAAUUUUCCUGGGCUCUCUAAUUUUCCUGGCCCGAGAGCGAGGCCGGGAUGGAGUUUCCCGAACUCCUGCAUUGAUUAGCCCAAUGAUAGCCUUUGCCACAUUUCGGGCAUUUUUUAGAAGGUUUAGCUUUAGAGGCAGAACCAUCCUUGUGUGCCCCCCCGCCAGGGGCUCUGCAUUGCUUGGCAAAAUGGCCUGGGCGCUUGCAAUUAAAGCAGUUACCAGUAGGCUUAGAGGUUGCUUGGAUUGCGCCGGCAAGCAAGGAUAUCGCAUGGCUCUGGCUACCGACAUCCGCACAAGCUUGAAUCAUAUCGGCCAGUUCAUAUUUAGGGCGAUGUAUGAUUGACUGCAAAGCUUUCUUGCAAUCAGUGUUUGCGUUUUCAAAGGCCAAUUUUUUCAUCAAUUCAUUUUGAGCAGUGGUGUUAUCAAUCUGCCUAGUGACUGAUUCUUUCAAUCUAUCUAUAAACUGAUGGUAUGGCUCCGAAUGCUGUUGCUUAAUAUUCACAAAGGAGCUCAGUGGUUGCCCAGAAACAGGGACUUUCCGAAAGGCGCGUUGUACACAGGUCGCGGUGCGAACAAAAUGUACAGGUGUCAGUGUUGCUUGGGCAGUUAUAUCAGCAAACUGACCAGCACCAUAAAGUUCAUUGGCAGUAUGUUGAGGAUCAGACAGGGCUGAAGCGCUAUGUUUAAAUUCACUCUCAAACACCACAUACUGAGCAGGGGACAAAAGCAUGCGCAUAAGGUCUUUCCAGUCCUGAGGUAGCAUAAUGUAACCAGUUGCUAUGCCUUCUAGCAUCCCUGUCACAUAAGAGGAUUUCAGACCAGAAUCAGCAAUGGCUUUCCUUAAUUCCCUCAUUACAGAAUAAGGAAGCGAUUCAUAAUAAAUCUGCUGUUGAGCAGUUCCAGGGUUUGAAUAAGAGAUAGGGAAAGCAGACGGCAUUUCACCUGGCCACUCAGACUCCUCCUCUAAGGACAGGAGUCCUGUUUGCCUUGCCAGAGAGAGCGCAGCACGCACAGCUCCUAUAGAGCAAACAGGGGCUGUGGCAGGAGGAGGAGGGAUGGGGGGGGAGGAAUCAGGCUGAGGCGGAGGGAUGGGGGGGGGAGGAUGCAGGCUGAGGAGGGUGAGAAGCAGGGAGGGAUUGGCUGGGAGAAGGAGGUAAAAGUUUCGGGUAGGGUGGGGGAGUGUCUGCAAUGGCCAGAAGAGGAGACGCCUGGGGUCCCAAUUGGGGCCCUAAUUUAGCAACGGCAUCAGCACAUUUCUGCCAAGUGAGCAGACAAUGAAUCGGAGCCCUAGGUUCUGCAAAAGGGUCUUUCCGAUCUUUUGCCAAGUCUCUACGUCCAAAGAUCCAGCCUCUGGAUAAAAGACGCAUUGGCAAUUUAUCUCACAUAGCAAUUGUUCAAUUUCUUUUAAGGAAAUAUUAACACCCACCUCCCGCUGUCUAACUAAAUAAAGCAACUCUUUAGCAUGCUCUUUCUGGAGCUUAGUCAAGUCCCCUCCCAUACUCACGAAGUAGCGCGCUGAGACUUUUCCAGUCGGGUGAAGUAUGAGGUUUGGCUGCGUAAGGGAUCUGGCACGUCGGGGUCACCAGAUGUUGGGUUGAAAUCACGACAGACGAAUGGUGGGUGUCAAAGGAGAGACGUCUGCCCGGGGCAAGUCCUGGGAACUCUCUUUUAUUGAAUAUUACAAACAUUGCCACAGGUGUGCUUGUGGCUGAUUGGUUGAUACAAACACAAAGCAUCUUGUUGCUGAUUGGUUAACAUAGGUACAAGGCGGGAAUAACAUAUGACAUCAAUCAGUGAUAGUUCAAAAGACUGGGAAUGGAGCUGGAACUAGACAGGCAUGAAACCUCCUAAUUAAAUUAUAACUAAAGAUUGAUAUUGAGAGAACAUAACAUGAAGGAAUACAACAAUCACGUUCCGUAAAUGUGGUCAGCAAUGCAUUAAGAACAGGUCAGGAUACACUGUUUCAUGAACUCAAUGGGAACUGUUCAGAACAUUCUCAGACUCUUGUGCAGAGGCAAAAACUUCCCAGAAUGUAAGAGAGGAAAGAAGCAAGAGUAAGCAUAGAAAGAUUUCAUAGUAAGACUUCCCAUAAUGCCACAGUAAGAGAACUGCAGAAAGAGAACUUCACAGUGAGAGAACUGCAGAAAGAAAACUUCCCUUCAACAUUUUAUUACGUUUCAACAUUUUUAACACAUACAAUCAAACCACAAUUUCGUCUUUUCUCUAAUUUUUGUUUACUUCCCAUCCCAUUUGCCAUGCAGUUGUUGUUUCUCCCCUUCUGCUUCUCCCUAUCUAUCAAAUCGUAACCACAAUAUUAUAAUCUAAUUACUUCUGUGGCUCAUUGCUUGAAUUCUGCUCGUGAGCUCAUUGUAUUUCUCUUAAGUAAUCCGGAAAAGGCAUCCAUUCUUCCUUAAAACACUCAUCAUUAGAUCCUCUUAAUUUUGCUGUUAAUUUUGCAUAGUCCAUUAUCUUACUUAUCCAUUCUGCUUUAGUGGGGACUUCUUCUUCCUUCCAUUUCUGCGCACAAAAAAUCCUAGCUGCUGCUGCUGUUACAUAAAUAAAAAACUUUAGCAUUUUCUUUGGGGUUUCCACCUCUAUAAUCCCACCAAUCUUCCACCAAGCACUCUGUGACUGUGCUUGAGGAUAACUGAGCCCACGUGUGAGCCCACUUCCAUCUAUAUGUUUGCGACUGUCAUUUUCCUUCUUGCCUAUUGCAUUUUGUACACAUGCACACAACAUAAUAGUUGGGUGGUCAGCACCUUCAGAAUUGUAUGCCUCACCUCCUUUUUUCCACACCGCUACAGGCAAUGGGACGCUGUGGGUUAAACCACAAAGGCUAGGACUUGCCGAUCAGAAGGUCAGUGGUUCAAAUCCCUGCGACGGGGUGAGCUCCCAUUGCUCGGUCCCUGCUCCUGCCAACCUAGCAGUUCAAAAGCACGUCAAAGUGCAAGUAGAUAAAUAGGUACCACUCUGGCGGGAAGGUAAACGGCAUUUCCGUGCGCUGCUCUGGUUCGCCAGAAGUGGUUUCAUCAUGCUGGCCACAUGACCUGGAAGCUGUACACCGGCUCCCUCGGCCAAUAAAGCGAGAUGAGCGCCACAACCCCAGAGUCGGCCACGACUGGACCUAAUGGUCAGGGGUCCCUUUACCUUUACCUUACAGGCAAUGAGCAGAAUUUGGUUAAGGUUUGAAUUCCCAGCAAUUUAUGUCGAUUGAUAGAUAGAAUCUUUAUUUGCGUCGCCCACAAGCCAUAGCAAAGGAAUAAAAUGCAAUAAAAUACUGAUAUAGCUAGAUUGGUUGGCUGUACAAAAUACAUUCUAAGAAUUUACAUCUAUACAUAUGAAAGAGUUAAUGACUGUCCUUGACCAGAAAUAAAACACAUGAAAGAGUUGGCUUUCUUUACUCUAGGCGUUAAACAGGUUAGUCAGAUGGUAGAUCUUAUUCUUAUUGCCCCAGUUAAAAAAUUUGCUGCGUUUGCUGUCACUUGGUAACGUUGGUCUGUAAGAUAAAUGACCUGGUAUAGGUAAUAGAAGAGGGUCGAUAAGCUCAUUAUGCAGAUCUUUAUAAAGAGAACAAGCUAGUAGUACAUGUGCUGCAGAUUCGAUACUGCCGUCUCCGCAUGGACAUACUGUAUUUUUCCGUGUAUAACAUGCCCCCGUGUAUAAGACUACCCCAAUUUUGGGGGAGGAUUGCCCAGAGUUUUUGAGCUUUUUUGGGGGGUGGGGAAUGCAAAAAAUCACUAACCCGACUGGCAAACGCUGAUAAUCGCUCACGUCGCCGAAGCAAACAUGCGUCUGCCUGCUCACCAACAGCAGACGGCAAUCGCACGCUCAGUUGACGAAGCGGCAGCCAAUCCACAGCAACCCUUGCCGCAGCAACCAAUCACCCACUGAAUAAACGCAGCAGCAGCAAUCGUAAGCAGCACUUUACGCAUCCACCAAUCACCCACAAAAUCGCCGCUGAAAAGCUCCUGCUCCCGGCUGCAACCAAUCACUCGUCUCCCCCCACGCACUACCCAUGUAUAAGAUGACCCACGUUUUAAAACAUGCUUUUAGAGUAAAAAAAAGCUUGUCUUAUACACGGAAAAGUACGGUAAUGUGAUGGAAACGACCCUCAAGUAGGGCCAGCGGCAGCACGUUCAAUCUUGCAUAGGUGAAAGCACAUCUGUGUUUUAAAACUGUUAAAUUUUGCAGAUAGGAUAUGCGGAGGAGACGUAAGUGGGAGGAUCUUAUGUACAGUGGUACCUCAGGUUACAUACGCUUCAGGUUACAUAUGCUUCAGGUUACACACUCCACUAAGCCAGAAAUAGUGCUUCAGGUUAAGAACUUUGCUUCAGGAUAAGAACAGAAAUCGGGCUCUGGCGGCGCAGCGGCAGCAGGAGGCCCCAUUAGCUAAAGUGGUGCUUCAGGUUAAGAACAGUUUCAGGUUAAGAACGGACCUCCGGAACAAAUUAAGUACUUAACCCGAGGUACCACUGUAUAUGGAGAGUGAUUUCAGUGAUGCGCAGGCACCAAGAGCAAAUAGCAUUCCUGAAAGGUUUAUCGGGCCAAUUGGUUCAAGAUGUGGAUCCCUCAAAUCUCUGACCUUUCGUCCAGGAAACCCUUCCACCUUUGGUUCCCCAAUAUCCAGAGUCUUCUUUAUGAUCCUGGGACAUGGAUCCUAUCAACAAGUUGUUUAGAGCUAGGUGGUUGCCAUGGUUCACACAUUGCUGUCUUUUUAUAUUUCUCUGACAGGUGCCGCUGUGUUCCCAACAGUGCUGUCCCUCUGAUCCUCAAGACCUCGCCAAAUCCCGUCUUUUCUGUGCUCUCGUCAGGAGGGGACUGUCAAAGAAUCUGCUCCCCGAGACCUGGACUUCCUAGGACGUGGAUUAUAAUGCAUAUGCGUGUAUGGAAAGGGAAGGCUGUGGUAGUUAGCAGGCACUCUGCACAUUUCCAGGGUCCAAGGGAAUUCUGCCAGAGUGCCUCUGUCCCUGUUUUCCUUGCCAGUCUUCGUAGAUCCCAGAAAUCCUACAUAACUAGGGACGAGAGAGUGUGUACAGCAGUACCCUUUGGUAACCACAUGAGGGCACAGUUACACUGAAAGAGCUGUUCUCAUGGUUUGAAUGCUGAACAUACACACUCCCCGAGGGCACUUAAUGCCAGACUAUUCUCACAUGUAUUUUGUAUAAAAGGGGUGAGUGAAACCAGAUCUGUGACUUGCUCUGAUCCAUCCUUUCUGCGUCCAUUAAUGCCAUUAGCGGAGUUGAGCUGGAUGACCUGUUUUAUCUUCUGGCUCAGAACUGUUCCUGAAACAACGUAGAUCUGGACUCCACUGCCAUGGGACUUCCGUGGCUUUUAAACCGUUUUGUAUUUUGUCCGUGAAUUGUGGUCAAGGUGUCUACGAAAUGUAAUCAAGCUGUAAAAACACUGCCAGUGCUUCAGAUACUUCUUUGUAGUCCUGCCUUUCCUUUGCUUGCCUGUCCGGUUUGCUUCCUUCUUUUUUUCAUUUUGAAUUGCAGUCAUCCCUGGCCCCCCUACAAAUGUAAUGUCAUUAAUGUGUAUCUACAAAGCCAGGCUGUACAACACUUCCAGCUUCAGAACUUUGCCCCAAACCUUGUCUCAAGCAAGUCUUGAUGACCAGGGAGUGCACUGUGUGUGUGUGUGUGUGUGUGUGUGUGUGUGAGAGAGAGAGAGAGAGAGAGAGAGAGAGAGAGAAUGUGGCAGAAUUGAGAAUGAUUUUAAAGGGCAUAAUAUCAAACAGAAAGAGGAGAAUAUAUUGGGAUACUGAAGUAGGAAAUGAAUGGCGAAAAGGUAGAUGGCAGCUAAAGUUGAGUUCAUCUGUGAAAAAGGCAGGCCUUACAUUUCUGUAUGGGAUGCUAUGGAGCCAAUCAUGGUUUAGGAUGUGCACUUGCCCCUAAGAGAAGAGCUCAUGAGCAAUGAGAUAUCAAAAGCAGAGCAGCUAGAGACAUUAAGAGUAUUGGUUUUGGGUGGAGAACUUUUUCUAGCCAGUGGGCCGGAUAUUUUUACCUCCCUCCUCAGUAGGAGUGGAUAGCUGUGAAUGGGAUAUUAUAUAAUUUCAACUCCACCCACUUUUUGCACCCUCCCCUGAAUGUUACCCUCAAUGAAAUGUCCUCAGGCUAACAAUCACCACUUUUAAUAAAAUGACUUGCUUUCU